GUGUGUUUGUAUUCGGUUUGAGGUUAAUACGUGUGUUUUUUUGCUUUGCCUGCAUGCAUAUUAUUGUUUUGUCCAUUUAAGAGGAUUCAAUCUGUUUGAGUUUGUUUUACUGGUCGAGUGCUCCGUUACUCUAAACCACACCCGUGACAAACAUGUUCGAGUCUGAAUUAGGAAAGCAAACAGAGCAACAAAUGUCAAAAAGGGACGGACUGGAUGGACUUUGUUUUUUUUUUUUUUUUUGUAGCAUAUCAACAUUAUCAAGGCAUGGUCAGUGAUAAGAAAGGUUUGUUGUUAUAAUAAAGGAUAGUGAUGCCAACAAGGUUGUAAUAAACUUGAGGCACGUUGUCCAAAAUAAGGACACAGUCUCACGUUUCACUUCAUGUCUAGCUUGUACACAUGCCUGUGGAUAAACACUGUGUGUGCGUGUGUGGAUAUAUAUAUAUAUAUAUAUAUAUAUAUAUACAGCUUUUAAUAUGUGAUUCAUACACCACAUAACAGACUAAAUAUUUUCUAUUAAUGCAUAUGGAUGUAUAUCUUCCAAAGACUAAUUAUACUUAUUUAUACUUGUAUAUAAUAAGAAUAUACAAAUGAAGUGUUUAUUUAAAAUAGAAAUCUUUUAAAUUUUAAAUGACUUUUUUUCCUGCAACUUUUGUUCACGUCACGUCAUCGACAUUUGUUCUUUAAACAAAUUAACCGACUGCACUCAAAUUUUGAAGAGUACUGUAUGCUCUGAACUAAUACAAGAUCCAUCAUUUUUAGUAAUGGAAAAUCACAUUGAACAUAUGAGUGCAGAAGAAACCUUUGGACUGUUGGUUUGAGAAAAGCCUUCUGUUAUCAGAUGCUGAAUUUAGCCCCGUUGCCACAUCAGAGAUAUGACAUUCCUCUAGUAUUUUACAUGUCAGUAAAUGACUUGUUUGCUGCUGUCCUUUGUAGAACAACUACUUUACUCUGUUGUGAAUUUAAGAACAAUUAACAGUUAAUAGUUAACUAUAAUUUUCCCAUGUCUUGCUACAUUAGACUAGAUCGUUCCCUUUGAUAAUUCCACUGACGUUGUCCAAACCCCGCCUGUAUUUCUUUUUUCCUCCUCAUUCUGUCUCAUCUGAUUUCUGUGUAACUGUCCUCAUUAACAGCUGUACCGGUGAAGAUGAACGUUCUGGAGGCUUCAGGAGACCCGGAGGGAGAAGGCAGUGACGACUUAACAGGAAGGAAGAACUCCAGGUUAAAGUCUAAGUCACGCCUGUUUGGGAAGAUAAGGAGGAAACAGGAUGAUUGUGGCAUGAAGCAGAGUCAGUCUGCAAGUGAUAUAACACAGAGUGUGGAGGACUCAGAUUGUUCCAAAGUCAUGCUGGGAUCCCGGGCAUUUUCAUAUGACAGCAUUUUUCAUGCAGAGCGCAGUCAUUCAGACCCUGAGCCUCUACGAAUCCUGUCUCAAGAGAACAUUCAUGGCAAAAUUCGAGCUCUGCAGAUAAAACUCCAGCAGCAAAAGCUGCAUUUAGGUCCUCCCCCACUUCUGAUGCCCGUGAAACGGCGUGAAGACUUAGGUGGAAGUUCAGAAGAUGACGGUCUUCCUCGUAGCCCCUCUGAAGUGUCCUGCGGAGAAGGACUAUACAUGAGCAUAUCGAACAAGGCUUCUUCACAGCCUCUUUCUCCUCGGCCGGUCAGCCCAGCACCCGCACCCCUUUCCCCUGGCUCAGUGGGCUUCAGCACUCCUCCACAAUUCACUUCCCUCCUGGACAACUCUGCUGCCCGUCACCGUAUGUCCCUCAAGCCUAAGAACCAAAGAGCCAGUGCCAAGAACAGGAGGGUGACCACUUCGGCUGGAAGCAGAGCACGAUCUGAGAGUUGGAACAAUCUGGACCGAUCACUGACUACUAAAGAGCAAGAGACUCCUGUAAAAGAGAUACCUCGAGCUCGCUCAUAUUCCUCACAGGUCUUACGGGGGGAGAGGCUUACGACUUCACUAAUCAAGAAUCCAGUUCCGGUUUCACCUUUAAUGUCUCUGCAGACUUCUGGAGACAGUAGGCAAGUUUCUGUUGAACCUGAGUUUGAGAGAAACAUCCUUUCCACAUCGCCUCCAAGCCCUGGCUUACGAGAAACAAGUCCAGUAGCCAAACCACCGAUCCCAGUGGUGCCAACUGACAAAAAGGGAAAAGGAGAAGUGAGUGAGAUGCUCAGUAGCUCCAAACUACCCAAGAACAGCCAAAGUAACAUUGUGUUAACUGUAAGACCAAGUGCACCUGCCACAACAGAAUUGAGUCCCGUGAAAGAUGAGAAGUCUAAUACUGUGCUAAUACAAACCAAGAUGGACAAAAACAGUUUUCAGAAUGCAGUAAAUAUAGAGAAAAGCCCAGCCUCUACUCAGGCUCCAACCAAUGUGAUUUGUGGAGUAAGCUUGAGACCAUCAUCUCUGAGGAGAAAUAUACCUUCCACGGAUGACAAACAUGAGUACAGGACCCUUCAGCCAGGCAGCGCAGUGUCGGCUGUUAGUCAUGAAGAUCACGCUCAAACAGAAUCCAUAAAGCGCCAGAGGACUGUGUCUGGUUCGUUCCACUUCAGCGUCUCCUCAGACAGGAGUCAAGAGCGGCCGAGGACUGCAAGCUUCACUGGAGUAGUGGGACACGCUGGACUGAAAAAGGAACCUUCGUCUCCUGCCAAACCUCCUUUAAAUUUCAAGACAGAGCGGCAAGUAAGUUCAGAAGUCGAGAAAACAAUAAAAGACCCAUGUGCUAACUUACCACCAACUUCAAAGAAGGAAGACAAAAAGGACACUUCUCCUCGGGCCUCGGAUGUGGAGGAUAGUCAGGACGAGAAGCAGGAGAUUGGGGUAGAGGCUACUGAAGGAGGACUACAGGAGGUGGAGGUGGCAGAAGAAGCAGUUGAGGAUGUGAUGGAAGAUGUAACUGUGGGAAAAGAGAGAGAGGCUACAAAUGCAUUCGGUGUGAAGCUUCGCUCUACCUCUCUUUCGCUAAGGUUUCGCUUGGACAAAGCUCCAUCAGAAGACAGAGUAAAACACCACAGUGCAUCAAUUUCACCUCCAGCCUCACAGUCUGACUUAACCAGCUAUGUGCAAACUGAAGACCAACACACUGCCAUGGGGUUUACGAAAGUCCAUGCUAAACUCAAAGAACCUCCUCUCCAAACGGACACGUCCUCAGUUCAUUCCUCCGGUUCGCCACCUAAGAGUUUCUGUAGAGACAAAGAGAGAGCUGGCGUCCUCAGACAGGCUGAACCUCAUCUCUCAUCAUCAGCCAGCAAAUCCACUAAGAUUGUACCUUCACCAUCUAAAGAAGGUACAGACUUGCCUCCAGAAGAGACUACAGCGGUAUCCUCUCAAGAGAACCCACCAACAUCUACUUCUUCAGAGGUGUCCUGGAUGGACAUGGCCAGAGAGAAGACCAGAAGCCUCCAGCAGCUCUUUACCAGUAGACUGCCCGAGUUUCCUAGCUUGCAAUCUCGACCAACAACCUUGACCACAACACAGCCGCAAACCCAAACAUCCACUUCUCAAGCCAAUCCAAGAAUCACACAGAACAUUUCAAGCCAGUCGACGACUACGCAGCCUCUUUCGAGACCUACAGAAACAAUACCGCUGCCAUCUGCACAGCAUUCUGGAAGAUCCUCACAAUCUGCCGCUCAGCCGAUGCAGAUCCAGACUCGAACAACAACAAACCAACCUCCAGCAAUUUCAAAUCAGACUCAAACUGACAGUACAAGAGAAGUCCAGUUUCAGUCCAACAGCCAAAUGUUUAAUUCAUCAAAACCAACCCAAUCUACAGUUAUCUCCGUAUCGACUGUGCAAUCCACUGCUGUGAACACAGCAAAACAUCCAUCACAAGCACUGGCACCACAUACACCACCCUUCCAGCCGUCAUCCCCGCUUCGAGCCGCAUCACAGGCCCCCACACAAGCUAUACAGCGUCCCACAGCACCCCCUGGUUACCAGUCAAGCCCAAAGUUAGCGUCCCAACAGUGUGGCGUAACGGUCUCAAAGGAUCCGCCUGGGAAUGAGGAAGGAGAGCCUGGCGUAAUCUCAGGGAAAGCUGACCGAGCGCCUGCGUCUCAGGGGACCGGGCCUGAAGAUGGCAGACCAGUGUGGGCAGCAGGAUUAGGAAACAAGUCCUCCCUCUUACAGCGCUGGGAGAACCAAACUACUGCUGCAACCAAGACAGGUGAGCUGAAAUCCACAGCAGAGUCUCAAGCCACAUCUCAAUCCACAGCUCCUCUCAGACCCACCUCAAAGCUCUCAGGCACAGGAUUCGACUCAAGCUCGUCGAUGCAAGCAUUAGUGUCUCCUGUUCCCACGAGGUCAGCAGACAGAGAGGAUAAAUGGCAGCAGAAAUCCGUGCCACCGUCAUCACCUUCAUCCUCACCUUCAUCAUCUCCUCUGCAGUCGGUCCGUGACACUGCCCAACCGUCCUGGAUGGAGCUGGCCAAGAGGAAAUCCCUGGCAUGGAGUGACAAAACUAUGGACUAAAAAAAAAAAAAAGGGAUGGAAAAAGAGUUUACAAGUGCAAGAAAGAAAUGCGGUUGGAUGCUAAGGUUGGAGGGCAUUUUCAGGGUUGUGUUCCUGAAGCAGUCUGGUUUGCUUCACGUGAACUUCACUAGACUUUGAAGGUAAAGCAGCGCGUUCUGGAAGUGAACCACUAUUGCGUGUGUAUAUUAUUGAGGGAAAGUUGCACAUUCAUCAGUCAGUAAACCUCCUAAUAGUGUUUAAAACCUCCUGUGAGCUGCUUGUAUCUCCACACGCAGUAUGAAUGUACGCACAGCAGAGAAAGAAAAAGGAGAAGUUAAUAUUGUGAGAUUAAAGUCUUGUUCUCUUGCAACACUGGCUAGCAGCUGCUGGUAAUGUAGUUUGCAAACGCACCACAGAACUGAGUGAGAAAGUAGAUCUCGAAAGGGUACAGAAACAGAUUCAGGUUGAGUCUCAAUCAAAAGCACCCUGAGAUCUGUGAUCUCAGGAAGAGGAAGAGAAAUAGACGGCACCAUACGCUUUCCCUGCUCCCCGACACACAAAACCAAUAACUGUCUCCCAGGAAAUACGUUUCUCAGGUUUAACACUUUGUAAUGUUCGUGAUUAUUUCCCUUACAAUUAGAAAUUAUUUAUUUGCAUGAAAUCCAUCCAAGAAUUUGUAUGUAUUUUAUCACCCGUUGAUUUUCUGACACUUGUUAGAUGUUAAGAUUUCUGUUAUUUUAAUGUUAAACUAUGUGACCGUAAUAAUAUUUCAAAUUACUCAGAGCUUGCUUUUGAAGAUACCGACUUCCUUCAAUAAAUUCAUCUUACCAAA